GCUUAGAAUCAAAUAAUUAUCCACAAAAGUUGUUGGCAUAUUUGUGUGCAUAUAUAUAGGUGAGCUGCAUUUUAGCUUAAACCGACGGCUUAGUUGCAACAAAAAUGAAAUUGUCAGCUUCCUUUAUUGCCCUCGUUUGCCUCUUCAUCUCAUCAGGCCAUGUCCAAUUAACAAGUGCAUGCACUUUCUACGUGAGCAACAAAUGCCCAUUCCCCAUAUGGCCGGCGACGGCCCCCAACCAGGGCCACCCCGUCCUCGCCGACGGCGGCUUCCUCCUCCCACCGGGCCGCACCCAUAGAUUCCAAUCCCCGGGCGACUGGUCGGGCCGGAUCUGGGCCCGAACCGGCUGCAAUUUCGACGCCUCCAACCACCUACCCGCCUGCGAAACCGGUGACUGCGCCGGCAAACUCGAGUGCGGCGGCUCCAUCGGCCUCCCUCCGGCCACCCUGGUCGAAUUCACGCUGCAGGCCGACAAGAGGAAGCCGAGCUUCUACGACGUCAGCGUCGUCGACGGCUACAACCUCCCCGUGGCCGUGGCGACGCGGCCCUCCGACGCCAAGUGCGGCAUCGCGGGCUGCGUGAAGGAUCUGAAGGCGGCGUGCCCGGACGAACUGCAGGUGAGGAACCGGAGAGGGGAGGUGGUGGCGUGCAAGAGCGCCUGCUUGGCCUUCGAUCUCGAUCAGUUCUGUUGCCGGAAUCAAUAUGGAACUCCGGCGACGUGCAGGCCCAAUGAGUACUCCAAGCUGUUCAAGCGCGCGUGCCCGGCGUAUUUUAGCUACGCCUUCGACGCGCCGUCGCCGCUCGUCAACUGCCCGUCGGAUGAUUAUGUCGUGACUUUCUGCCCCCGCGGGGUUGGCGGCGGCGGCGUCGCGGCGGAUUAGAGGUGUUUGAUGCAUGGAGUUUGAUGGAAGAGUGGAAGAAAUGAUUGUUGGUGUAGAAUUGAAUAAAUUAUAUUCUAGUUGAAUUUGUGAGAUUUUUUUUAUGUUGUAAUUUGAUGGGAAUAAACAGAGUGUAUCAAAGAGAAUGAGAUUUCAUUUAAUUCAUACUAGAUUUUAGACAUACGAAACGAAAUGAGAUUAAGUGUACCAUAUUUAAUUUAUGUCCCAACUUUCAAUUUUAUUCA